AGGAAGCUCGGAUUAAUCGCAAAUAAUCUUGACCGCCCACGCCCAAUCCUAACCCCGCCCUUUCUUUUGACAUUCUCCACUGGUGAACAGGUUAUCCACUGGUUUUUGAUCCUUAAUUUAAAUUCUAAUAUUCGUUGCUACAAUUCUGCAUGGAAUCUUUAUGCCAUUCUAUCUUGAUUAGAGCAUGCUUCCGCAAUGUGUAUAUUCAAUUAUCGAUGAAGAUUGAUCGAGUCAGUGUGUCUGACUUAAAACCUUGAAAAUAAAUCUCCUCUCAUAGGACGGCCCACAAAUCUAGGAAUGGGCUCGCCGUUGCCUGGGGGGCCUGUGAGCUCCUCCAGAUGCUAGUCUGGUAGGAUUUCGUAAAUAAUUCAGCCUAGAUAUUGCCACGUACAGGACCGGCUAUUCGUACUUAGCUAAGACUUAGUUGGUAUACAGCGGUCGAUUCGUAGAUUAGUUGAAUUCACAUCAUUAGUGCUGCAUUACUGUCAUGAGGAGGACGACUCGUCCUAUUAUCUGAUGUUUCGCCAUCUUCAUGUAAGUCUGAGUUAUCUACUAGUAUUCUGCCCAACAAGAUCAUUCUCGGAUUGACUAAAGUAUUUGUUCUUGAUUAAAUUUAUAGUUAACCUUUGUCCUAUUCCUCCCUUGUUUUCGACUAGUUAGUUUGUUGCUUAGCUAGAAGUGAUUUUCGCCCAAGAUGAUGAAUUGUUGGGAGCCGAUCCACGGCAAGCCCGUGGUUCGUGUUCCCCGAAGUCACAGUGUGGAUUUUCUGCAUUUGUCAAAUGGUGGUCAGGGUCCGACAGUAGGUCUCACCCGCAUGUCUCGGGGCAGGCAAAAAGAGCAAGUUUUUGCUCCUGGACAGACGGCGCCGCAAGGCUUCCGAAAGCAGAGGCAUCGGAGUACGAGUCCAAAAGCUAAUGCAACUGCGGCGUCUACUGCCACUGGCGCGGCCGCGACCGCAAUCGCAGCAUUGGGUGGAGGGAAAAAAAACAAGCGCACAGAAUUCUACCUGCAGGAAUGCGAAGUGACGAAGAAAAAGAAGCAAACAUUAUUCCAGGUCGUCGGAAACGAUAUCGGUAACUACCUGUAGCAAGAUGAGCUUAGACUAUGAAAUUUGUGUGGCUGGUUUUUUUCUUUUUUUACCACAGAUAUAUUCGUUUGCCUUGAUAGAUAGGAUUAUUAGCAGCGAUAAAAUUGUGAGUCGUCAGAAAUGUUAUGAAGCCCGAUCAGUACACCUUGCGCAUAUGAAUGUCAGGUAUUGAAAGAAUAGCAAAAGCGUGUGGCAAGAUAGCGGAGGAGGACGAGCUGCUGAAGCCGUUGAAAGACCAAUGCAAUAUACCGCUUUCGAAGACGUAUUGAAUUUCAUUACCCCCGGUUCUGCUUCCAGUAAAAGUCUUUCAAAGACGAUCGAUGCCUAAUAGUAAGGAUGUGUUGUUAGGCUUAGGGCCCCAUUAGGAAAAUCUAGAUCAAUUUUCAAAAAAUGAUGUUCCGUUUAUUCCGUUUCCGUCAAUCACGACCAAUUAGGUUAUUGGGCUAUCUGUUAGGGCAGAAAUUACCUGAGUUUGCAUUGCUCUUGCCAGAGCUGAAGCAGGAACUAAUACGAGCGCGCGACGAGUUUGGCCUCACUAGUGAGCAUUUCGACCGCAUGACGAAUAUGUUUAGAAAAGCUGUGCACACUUUCUGCACUAACAACGCCACGAGACUCGAGUGGGACACAAUAAGUGACUGCUUUCGCAAAGAAAUCGAGAAAGGGAGUCUGCAUAGAGUCACUGAUAAGCGGGUAGUCUCGUUCGACGUCUUCAUCCGAGGAUGCGACUUCCUGCCACUAGGAGGAGAUAAGCAGAAAAUCAUCCAAGCGAUCAUCAAAGUAGCAAAGCAACUGCCGGAUCCGGACGUCAAACGUACAUUCUUUGCUUUAAACUUUUGGGAAAUCGUAGCCAGUAAUUUUAAAAUUGCUUCGCUUAAUAGGGUACUAAAAGUUGUUCGUUUUUCCAUUCCUAGAGUCUGAAAUAACAAUAAGAGUUGCUGUGCUGGAUUUCUUUGCGCACUAAUUGGCUGCUUCUUCACAAAUCGAAUGACUCUAUUCCUUCCCGACCCGUUCAACCUUCAAAGGUGCUGUGAUGCGAUCGUUUUAUCCGGAGGCGAUAACGCUGACUGAAGCAACUGCUCGGCCGAGUGGUUUGAUGCUGAAGUUCCGACUGAUGCCAUCACUCUACGAAGACAGAAUAGUGUUAAAGCAGACGGAUCUAGGCCACACAAAGCAGUUUUUAGACCAAUUGCACCUAGAAUUCGAUCCGCAAGCACAAGUAGCCGCAGAACUUCCAAAUAUAGACUUGGUGGAUUGGGAGGCAGAGGACAAGAUCGUCAAGUACUUCUACGAGCUUUGUUUUUUCUUUGUCAAUUUCUAAUAUCUCUUGAGUUUCAUGAUCUACUUUUUCCUCGUCAAGGAGAUUUUUCAUGAUCCAGACAAGCUCCACUCGUUGUCAAACUAACUACUUACAUGAAUGAUAUACGACUCAUCAUCAUCAUCAUCAUACACUCAUUGUUCAAAAAAAUUAUUCAGGCAACGAAAUUCAUGGCGUGCUGAGGCGAAAGCAAUAACAGAGAAGGUGGAAGAAAUAAUACCGCCAGAGGACC